CCCAACCAUCCUCUCACUGCCUCUCCAUAUUCACUAUCAAUCUAUGCAAUUUUAGUCAAUUUUAUUUUUAAACGCUCCCAAACACAGAGAGGGGCUGUUUCGCAGCGCGUCGGAGAAAGUGAUUGAGUGAACUGGGACAGAAAGUUGAUUUGCAUCCAUUUGCAAACAAAAAGGGAAGCAGGUGACGUGAGGUAAUUGGAGAGACGGCUGAUUUACUGAGCUCGAGGAUGCGCGCACUGACAGAUUUAACACGUAAUCACUGGAGACUUUGAAGAGACGCGCUCUCGUGCUGCUUUUACAUCGAUGUGGUGUGAAGGUAAAGCUUGUGUACAUGUGUAACACUUCGCGGUAGAGUCGAUAUAUCGCUCUUAUUCAAGUAAAUACAAGCUGUCGAGGAACUUGCAGAACUUUCUUGCCCUGCUGUGGUAGGACAACAUGCCUGUACGACGGGGACACGUUGCGCCUCAGAACACCUUUCUGGACACCAUCAUUCGCAAAUUCGAGGGUCAAAAUCGCAAAUUCAUCAUCGCCAAUGCUCGAGUUGAAAACUGUGCCAUCAUCUUCUGUAAUGAUGGCUUUUGUGGGAUGUGUGGCUACACGCGUUCAGAGGUCAUGCAGAAACCGUGUACAUGCAGUUUUCUGUAUGGCCCACACACUGGACGACCAGCGGUGGCCCAGAUGGCCAAAGCCUUACUGGGCUCUGAAGAAAGGAAGGUGGAGAUCUCCUUAUACAGGAAAGAUGGUGUGUGUUUGCCUUGCCUUGUGGACGUGGUUCCUGUUAAGAACGAGGACGGUUUAGUUAUCAUGUUUAUCCUGAACUUUGAGCUGGCAGAUCAGCAGGACAGACCCCUCGACAGCUCACCAGGCAGAGACAUCAACAACAAAAACCCCAUUCCGUGGCUCUCUAAAGCAAGACGACGUCGUCUCCGGCUGCCACUGCCCUUGCUGCACUCUCUGAGUGGCAGUAAACAGUCUCUGCAUGAAGACACUGAAAAAGGCUUCAUGCAGCCGAUGCCUCAUAUGGGCCAUGAGUCAGUAGCCCUGGACAAACUGCUCUCCCUACCUGAACGCUCAGCACUCGGAGGAUCUCAGCUGUUGUUCUGGGAAGAUAAGGCUCAGACUGAGUCUGAAAGUGAGCUGCGGCCAUCAGAAGUGUCUCCUCCUCUGCCUCAGGGCUUCUCGCAGUCCUCCCCACGUCUGCACAACCUCACCUCAGAGGCGUCUCCGUCCAGUUGCAGCAUGGCCCACAGCCGCUCCUGUGAGAGCCUGUGUGGCAUGAGGCCCUCACCCUCCACCAAUGACUUUAACUGGGACAGAAAACUGCCAGUCAGACCCAGUAGCACAGGUGCCAUGCACCGCAAAGCCAGCUUACAGAAUGCUACUUCUGACUCAGAUCUCAUUCGGCUCCGGAGCUCAGGUCGGGGCACCCAAAUAUCACACAACUUAAUAGAUAUGAAGCCGGACGCAUUAAUUGCAGUCCCCACCGGUGAGAUUGACAUCAUCGCCCCCUGCAAGCUGAUCGACCGGACCCAUAAUGUGACAGAGAAGGUCACUCAGGUUCUGUCUCUGGGUGCAGAUGUCCUUCCUGAGUAUAAGCUCCAGGCUCCCCGCAUCCACAAAUGGACUAUCUUACACUACAGCCCAUUCAAGGCGGUCUGGGACUGGGUUAUCCUGCUGCUGGUCAUCUACACGGCCAUCUUCACUCCUUAUUCGGCUGCGUUCCUGCUUAGCGAUGAGGAAGAAGAAGUCAUUCAGCGCUGUGGAUACUCCUGCAGUACACUCAAUGUGGUGGACCUCAUUGUAGACAUCAUGUUUGUAGUGGACAUUGUGAUUAACUUUCGUACAACCUACGUGAACAGUAACGAUGAAGUGGUCAGUCAGCCCGGCCGGAUCGCCGUCCACUAUUUUAAAGGCUGGUUCCUCAUUGACAUGGUUGCUGCCAUUCCCUUCGACUUGCUCAUUUACCGCUCUGAAGAAGAGACCACGACAUCCACAACUCUGAUUGGCCUGCUGAAAACAGCUCGGUUGCUGCGAUUGGUGCGUGUGGCACGCAAACUUGACCGCUACUCUGAGUAUGGAGCUGCUGUUCUCUUUCUGCUCAUGUGUACCUUUGCUCUGAUCGCCCAUUGGCUGGCCUGCAUCUGGUAUGCGAUUGGGAACGUGGAGAGAAGCGGCCCAUCUCGAAUCGGUUGGCUUAAUUCUUUGGGUGAUCAGCUGGGAAAGCCAUAUAAUUCAUCAGUACGUGGAUCAGGACCCUCUAUUAAAGAUAAAUAUGUCACUGCCCUGUACUUCACCUUCAGCAGCCUCACCAGCGUGGGCUUUGGAAACGUCUCCCCAAACACAAACUCAGAGAAGAUCUUCUCCAUCUGUGUGAUGCUCAUCGGAGCGCUAAUGUAUGCCAGCAUAUUUGGAAAUGUGUCCGCCAUCAUCCAGAGACUAUACUCUGGCACUGCGCGUUACCACACUCAGAUGCUGCGGGUUCGAGAGUUUAUCCGUUUCCAUCAGAUCCCCAACCCACUUCGGCAAAGACUAGAGGAGUAUUUCCAGCAUGCUUGGUCCUACACCAAUGGCAUUGACAUGAAUGCUGUGCUGAAGGGUUUUCCUGAGUGCUUACAGGCUGACAUCUGUUUGCAUCUGAAUCGUACACUGCUGCAGAGCUGUAAAGCUUUCAAGGGUUCCUCCAAAGGCUGCUUGCGUGCUCUGGCUAUGAAGUUUAAGACUACUCACGCUCCUCCAGGAGACACCUUGGUCCAUGCUGGAGAUGUGAUUUCAGCGCUAUACUUCAUAUCUCGGGGCUCCAUCGAGAUUUUAAAGGGAGAUGUAGUUGUGGCUAUUUUAGGCAAGAAUGAUAUAUUUGGAGAGCCCAUUAACUCAUAUGCUCGUCCUGGAAAGUCAAGUGCAGAUGUGAGAGCACUUACGUACUGUGACCUGCACAAAAUCCACAGAGAUGAUGUCCUGGAGGUCUUGGAAAUGUAUCCAGAGUUCUCUGACUACUUUUGGAGCAAUCUGGAAAUCACUUUUAAUUUGAGAGACACUAACACUAAAGCUGGGUCAAUGAGCAGUGACCCUGAUGAUUCGGACAAUGGCGGUCUGGACCAUCACACACGCAGAGCAAAGUUGUUCUUUCAAUCUAAAAGAAACUCCAUCUCUCGAGCAGAUACAGAGAGAACAGAAGACAGGCUCAACAGGAUGACUUUCAGAACACAGACUUCAGGAAAACAGCAUGAGAACAGACAAACUGCUCAUCGCAGCUCAGACAUCUUUGCCUCACAGUCAAGCAGCGAUGAAGAGGAAGAGACUCAACGACCCUCUGUGAUGGUGGACUGCUCUCAGAGCCAUAUCAAUAGCGUUAGCAAUGCUAACAGGGACAAGGACCACAACAGCAGUAACUCGUUCAACGCACUCUCAGGAGCUUUUUCAGGGGUUUCUAACAUCUUUAGCCUUUGGGGAGACAGCAGCCGUGGCCAUCACUACCAGGAAGUACCCAGCCACAGCAUGUCCUUCCCCUCAUCUUCAGUUCCCUCUAACACCGUCCUGCACAAUGUCACCUAUGGGCAAUGCUCAGAGGUAGAGAACAGACUGGAAAUGAUGCACAGGCAGCUCUACCGAUUGGAGAAGCGCAUGUCAAAGGACAUUGGAGCCAUAAUGCAGUUGCUUCAGAGGCAAAUGGUGCAGGUUCCACCAGCCUACAGCUCAGUGACGUCUCCUACAGAAGCAUCGCCAAUUCCACCCAAACCUGGACAGAAAUUGGUUCAGCCUGUGAAUCCUUUAGAAACAGAGACUCCAUCUAUCCUGUCUGAGAUACUUGAUCCUCAUGACUUUGCUGACAGUCCUAUUAAGGCCAGUGAAAGUCUGUCAGGUGCAAUGGAGCUCCAGCUCCUGGACUGUUCCUCACAGCCUCCCUCUGAGAAUCCUUCUGGGGCUUAUAUGGGGAGAUGGUCACGUAGCGUAAGCCACCACACAAACACCACUGGUGAUCCUACAGCACACAUCCAUCUCCAACAAACAGCCAUAGCUGAUCAAGCUCAUUACAGCUUUUUGGAUGCAGAGCCUAUUGGAACUCUUCGCCAACCACAAGCUGUACAGAGUUUACAUUUGGAGACCUCUGAGUGUUCAAGACGCCAAUCGCUGCCAGUAAAACAUCAGGUCGAAGAUGAUUGCUCAAUGCAGAAAAGACAUCCCUCUGAUCCUGGCUCUUAAGACAAACUUGUUCGGUAUCUCAGUGGAAAACAAUGCAAAGACCACCAACAUGUUGGCAUGGUGUUUAAAAGACUAUUCAGGAUCAUAUAUAAUUACCUCAGAAAAACGGUCAAGGAUGCAUCAUUAUUGUCCCUGUAGGUUUGUACAUUUGUGUUAGCUGGUUUAACAAUAUUCAUUGUUUUUACCUGCCUCAUUAUGAAAGUGUUCUCAUUGUUUUGAGGUGUAAAUGUAAUGAUUUGUAUUAGCAUAUCAGCUUUUUUUUUACAAUGUGGUUUUGUGUUGAAUUGAUUAGCCUAUACUGUAGAUUUUUUUUUAAUAACUGAAACACUGGAAAGGCCAAUCAGAGCAGGAUUUAUUAGAGUUCAAAUGAUCAUUUGGAAACUUUAGCCCCUUUCAUACAUACAGACUUUUUCAGAAAAUUGUCAGUAAUCAUGUGUAAAUCAAAGUAGUCAACGUAAAGAGAUCUUGUGUGAACAAGCCCUUUUUGAAAAUACCUGUAAAUUCGUUCCGGCAAAUUUUCCAGACUGAGAAGUUGUAACAUUACUGGUUACGCUGUGCUGUGUGAACGCAAAAGGAAAAUUGCAAUCAUGAGAAAUCUACUCCAGCCAAUCAGUUAAUUCAGACACAUUCACAUCCGCACUGUUGAAUGAAAACAAAAGCCUUUGACAAUUUUUCCAGAUACAUUUUGAUGCUAGUUGUUAGUCAGAUACGGUUCUAUGUUCAUUAAAAAUGCUAACUGUGGAAAAAAAAUUAUCGAUUAAAUGUUUAUGAUAAACCUUUGCGAGUUUACCUGCAAGCCCUGUGUUCAGCUGCGUGGCGCUCCAUAUGUUUACAUCAAAAUUGUUCACAAUACCCACAUAGCAAAAUUUCUCUGGCCUAGAUCUGACCCACACAAUCAGCUUUUUCUUGGCCAAUACAAGAUACUUCCAUAUAAGAGCCAAACAUGGACCAUAUCUGGUCCAAGUCUCAGCCAAGUUAAUAACCUAUAACUGUCUCUGAACUGGGCCAGAUAUGUUGGUGUGUCACGACUGCAAUGAAUUUAAUAAACCCAAGCAUUUUGCUAGAUGGUCUUGUUUUUUCUCAAAGUGACCUGAUUGGUAGAAUUUUUCUUUACUCAAACACAAUAUAAUAUAUUUAAAAAGUGUGUCAAGAAUGGCCCACGUAUAAAUUUUUACCACUGGCCCAAGUACUGCAUUUCACAUCUGGUUUAAGUCUUGUGUGUCACCUCUACAAAAACCUGGGCCAUGUUUGGCCCACAUGCUGUAUGCCACUGCCAGAUGAAUGCCUGCUCUGCCAGCUUUAUGCCAAAUUUGGGCCAGAAUUAUUUGCUACCUGGGUACUUAUCCAUCCACAGAAUUUGUAAUGUGUAAACAUUUAGCCGCAGUUAGCGUUUCUGCCAUUGGAUGUCUCUGGGACAAAAGCGGCUGCAUGAAUGCUAAAGCUUUAAAUAAAAGUGAAACCAUCAACAAAAGCCUGACCUCUAUUAUGUUUGCAAAUACAAGUGCAGUCGUUUAGAGGUCAUUUCCGGCUAAUGAUGUCAGAAUUUACCGAUAUUUUGAAAUUAAUGUGUGAACGGUCUUUUCUGGAAAAAUUUCGAAACAUGUAAACAGUGUAUUAUAAAGUCGCUCCGGAAGUUUUUCUGUAUAACUGUGUGAAAGGGGCUUUUAUCUCAGGUGGAUGAUCCCCAAGCUCAUCUCUAGUAGCUAAAAUACCUCAGAGAGAGUGAAUCCAGGGAACACUGGGAAAUCCUGCUGAACAACUCGCCUGUAACUUACAAAAAUGCAAGCAUGGGAACAUAUAUUUAAGACCAUGCACUUCAAGGUUUUUUCCUUGGGAAUUUGUUAUCACUCUAAAUGUGUAAUCAUCGGUUUGGCCAGCGGGUCAAAUGUGUUAAAUGUAAAUCCAUUUUGAUCAUAAUCCAUAUCACUAGUGGAAUUAGUGUUAAAAUAUACAUAUAGAAUACAUAUAUAAUCAAAUGCAGCUGGUUUAAGCCAAAUACACCCAGUUGUAAUUUAUACUAUAAAUGUGCUGAGAGAGAUCUUUAUAGGGAAUGUGGUACGUAUAGACAAGAAUUUAGCUUGGAAUGGUCAAAUGUAUUAUAACAAUGUAAUUUAUUGCAAUUCUGAGUAGGAAUAUUUAUUGUUAGCUUACUGUAAAUUGAUUAUUGUGCAGAUUUUAUCUUCUAUGAACUUAUAAUCACAACAAAUAAAUAAAUUCACAUAUGUUAUAAGUAUAUUUAGGUUUAUAAAAUGCAACUAUCAUGACUGAAUGAAAUAGAAUUGCCUUCAUUUCCUUGUAUUUCUGUUGAGUCCUAAAGAAGUUAUUUAUUUAUUUUCAAUGCUGUAAAACAGGAAAUUGAAGAAUGUCCUAAUACCCACACUUGUGAUGUUGUCAUCUUGUGUUUCCUGUAUUUGGUGUUCUAGUGUGUAUGAAGGCUUCAAGUAUGUAUGCCAUGUGAUUAAAUUUGAUUCAUUUGCUUUC